AUGGACCGAAGAACGCCAAGAAAGCCAGCGAAAGCAAGUGCUAAGACCACGCCAAAGAGAAAACAACACAAAAGAGAAGGCGCUAAGGACGACAAUUGGACAGAGGCAUAUCUAAGAGCUCAAAUGACAGAGGAAAAAGAACUCAAUAUCUCGCAGAAGUGUCUGAACGAGAUACCGGCAGCCGUGUUCCGCAUCAGGGAAGCUGAGAUCUUGGACGUCUCAGACAACCCUUUGGUCGCCAUACCGGCUGAUAUCGCGAACCUUUACAACCUAAAGGAGAUGAAAGCAGGUGGCUGUCCCAUCAAAGAUAUCAGUGAGGCCAUUUCAAGGUGUGCCCAUAUCAGUAAAAUGGACUUUUCCCGGAAUCCCCAGAUUUCUGCCCUUCCGGAGACAAUGGUGCGGCUGAAAGACUUGAAAUACAUCAGUUUAAGCGACUGCAAGCUAAACUCGCUUCCCAGCAAUCUUACUCUCCUGGCCACAGUUGAAUUCCUUGAUCUGUCCAAGAAUUCACUGACCACUCUGCCGGCUGACAUUUCAGGACUGAAGCAACUUAAGGUCCUGAUACUAAACGGCAACGCCUUUAAAUUCAUUCCGGAAUCAGCCAAUUCACUCGGGUGUCUCGAGAUCUUAGAGAUGAAGCGAAACAAGCUGAACAACCACAAGGGUGACCUGCGGUUGAAAGGCCCUCGAAAGUUAAAGAUCUUGGACCUAGAGGAAAACAGUUCACUACGUUUGCUACCAGACGGACUUGAAAACCUUGAAGUCAUAGAAAGCCUUAACGUCAGUUACUGCGGUAUCGAGACACUUCCGGACACUAUCGGACUGGUAUCCUCGUUGAAGGAAAUCCACCUCGCCGGUAACAAACUGCGGACGCUUCCUGACAGCUUCGGGAGCCUUCUCAAUCUGGAGACCCUUGAUUUGGAGGGAAAUCGCCGCCUGUCCAGUUUGCCAACCACGCUUCAUCAGCUGCGGCAACUAAAGGACAAAAAGAUAGGGACAAAAACAGGUCUUGUCCUGUACGACACCCCGGUACUGCAGCUUCCCGACCACGAAAUUGUAAAAAAGGGCGUGGUCUCCGUCCGCACUGAGCUGCUGGUAGAGCGCUGCAUCAACAGUCUCGUAGCCACCAUUGGAGCGGUGGUUAUUGACGAAACAAUCAUUGAAGAUUUAUCAGAAAACGUCGUCGAAAUCGUCAAAGAGAGCAUUUGUGACAUCACCAUGGAUGAAGUUGUUACUGCAGAGCAGGAGUGUGAAGACAACAUCUUUAGGUCCAUAUAUGAAGACGUCACGUCAACCCUUGCGAACGAAGUCAGCAAAGAAUACCUAGAUGAAGAGAAUGCUAUCUUAGAUGCCACAUCUGCGAUGGCGAUGGAAGAGCUAUUGCAAGAAAUCACCGAUGAAACGGCAAAGGCAGUAGCUUUGGAGCAGGAAGAGGAAUGGCGCCUAGGCCAAACUGUUCCAGAUGAAUACGACAAAGAGAUAAGCUGCCAGGUAUCAACAGUCACGGACACCGUACAGUCCUUGGACCUCCUGGCCGGCUGCAACUUGAGCAUUCCUCCCGGAGCUACAGAUGAGGAUACGUCCGUCAUCUCAGCAGUGCUGAACCCGCACGGGUACGACGGAACGCUCCAGCUGAAGAACAACGAACUCCUAGUCAGCGACAUCAUUGAGAUGAGACCAUCGGGGAUGACGUUUUACAAGCCCGUAAAGCUGAAGAUUCCACAUUCUUUUCCAAAGUUCGACUGCGAAAGGGAGUACGUCGUGAUGACAUCAGAGGAUGACGGGAGGACAUGGGUGGCUUUGAGAACACUGAGCGACCAAGAACAAGGACAGAGGUUUGUUACGGUAGAGGUAACACACUUCUCUUCGUUCGCUGUGGUGGCGAGGCCAUUGGAGCACUGUCACAGAGUCACAAAGGGGGAAGCGUCAACGCUGACCUCAUCAGAACAGACGGAAAUCAAACUGAUCCUUCUCGAGGACAGCAUCCCAGAAGAGAAAGAGAUCUCGUUUAACGUCACGCCAGUCGACGGAGACACCCUCGCACGCGCAGGGCUAGAUGAUCCCCAGAUCAUGGGAGGAAUCGACGGCAUGAGCCACAUCGUCAACUUUGUCAAAGGCAGCAACCUGCUGUUGAACCGCCCUGCUACUAUCAUGCUACCGCUGUCGCCUGGUGAAAAAGACGGCCAAGUUCGGGUUCUCAGCUGUAACGAUAGAGGGCAAUGGGAAGAUAUCACCAGUCAGGUGGAGGAUGUCGUGCUAAAGGAAACAAAGGUGGCUUUCAAGACAGAUCGGCUCAGUUCUGGGUUUGUUGUGCUUCGCUGCGGUGACGGCUCGGAUACGACUGGAGUUGUCAACCUCGUCACUAAAAACGUUCGCGCCCGACACGUCAGAACUGUCAUCUUCAAGAAGUGGAUCGAACCUCGAGAGUUGGGGAAGAUGACCGCCCGGAUGGAGUGUGUGCUGGAAGAAUCCGUUCAGGACCGCAUCUGCCGCACCAUCAAUGAGGAGAAAUACGAGCUACAGGAAGGUACACCGACUCCACCAGUGUCCAUGGUGGAAAACGAGACGUUCUGCGCACUUUUCCACGGGAACAUCCAUCCUGACGUGGAGAUGGUGAACGACAUGUACGGCGUCAACUUCACGUUCUACUGUGAGAGAACUCGCAGGUUGGAGUUCGACGUGAAGGUAGAGGAUAUGGGGAGAGACGCCUUCUCAAUGGUCGAGCUGUACCCCGGCCCAAGGGAGAUGAUUCGUCCUUUUCGUCGUGGGGAGAGAGCUCGACCCGCAGUACCUCUCACAACUGCAGAGAUAUCUGUACCUACGGGGCCCAACUGUGACUACUGGUUGGCGUGCCAGCGGUUCAAGAACACUUUGGAAAUUGAAGACACCUACUUUUCGCCUGACCACGACAAGUGUUUCUGUGAGACAUGUCACCGGAACCGGGGGGAGCCGGACUCUUAUCUGCGAGGCAACCCGGAGACCAAGUAUGCCGUGCCUGUUGGUUGGGCUAGAUUUGGCCUCAGCAUAAAUCCAUCCUUCAAAGACAAGAACCUGAAAGUGUUCGAGAACUGGCACCGGGCGUACCAUGGGACUGCCGCAAGCGCUGUGAAGAAAAUCCUGCAGACCAGCUCACAACUACUCAUGCCAGGAGACGUUACGUUUGGAGGUGACGAGCUAGGACCAGGCAAAGGCAGAGGCUUUGACAGCGUACAGGUGUUCACGUCACCAAGCAUCAAAUACUCUGGACGUGACAUUUAUGCCGAGCCAAAAAGGUUUCAAGAUAAUCAAGACAGGAAGAAAUACACAGCCCGUGUCGCCUUCCAGGUGUGUGUCAGACCAGGUUGCUACAAAGUUAUGGGUGAGACGGUUGGCGCUACCGGGAGGGGCGAAACUAUCGACCCACUCUUCAGCAACCAGGAAAUGGAAUGGUUUACCAAAGAAAGAGGAGCGCAUACACUCUAUGGGCUGCUUGUUAAGUUAGAGGAGUGA